AUGGCACCGCGUUCAUCCUUUGACCUGAACUCACUGAGCACCGCUGUACCAGCAGUCUUUGACCAAGCCCAAUCUUCGGCUGCAACACACAAGAAGAACUGCGUUGCUUUGUACAAGCUACAUGCUGCCUCCGCAGAGAUCAUCGAGUCAAUAAACCGGGGCAGAAAAGAUGCUGAGGUCAAACUAGUGGGAGAGAGGGCGUUUGCCGAAAUCUUCCUUGACAUGCUAAAUAGGGUUCUCGUCGUAAAGAAGAGUACCCCGGCUGCAGAUAGGAUCGUUAAAUUCGUUGCGAGUUAUGUCAAAUUUCUCAGCGAGAAAGAAUCUGAUGAAGAGGAAACACCCUCCUCUCGUUUCGUCGCGCGUCUGCUAAGAUAUUUCCUCAAGGGCUUUCAAGCAAAGAGCAAAGAAGUUCGCUUUCGUUGCCUAAAUUUCGUAUCGGAAAUCAUAUCAAGCUUAGGCGAAAUGGACCAGGACCUGUAUGCAGAGCUUCGGACAAGUUUACUCGAGCGACUCGCCGACAAAGAACCCUUAGUACGCGUCCACAGCGUCGUCGCUCUUUCACUACUAGCUGCAAGCGAGGAUCCUUACGACUUGGAAGACGACGAACCGCCAAUCCUCAAUUCUCUACUGACGACACUCUAUUAUGAUCCUGCUGCUGAAGUCCGCCGCGCCGCCCUCCUCCACAUCCCCUUCACACCCUCAACCCUCCCAGCCCUCCUCACCCGCAUGCGCGACGUUGACGCAAUAACGAGGAAACUCGUCUUCUCAGCCGUCCUUCCCCGUCUCGCAAAUCCACGACAACUCACCAUCGCUCAACGCGAGCAAGUAGCUUCUCAAGGUCUCGGAGACCGAUCAGACGUGGUCCGCGUAGCAGCGGCGAAGCUACUAGGUACUUGGGUUGACGCAUGCGAUGGCGACCUUGCAAUGUUUGUUUCGCUGUUCGACGUACAUACUCCAGAUGUUGCACGUGAUGCUCUUAAGAGCGUUUUUGUGACGAGGGCGGAGGUCGCUAACGAAAUCGAAUUUGACGAUGAGUUUUGGUCAAACCUCAAACCAGAAACCGCUCUCCUAGCACGUACCUUCGUAGAACACUGCAUCUCCAAAUCCGAUGAAUCUCGUCUAGAAACGACACUUCCAGUCGUAACCGCUCUCGCCUUCCAUCUCCAGUCUUCAUACAACAACUUCCUUUCUUUACUACAAGACAUCGAUAACAAUAACAACGAAGACGAAGACGAUGAGGAGGAGGCUCGCGAAGAGAAAGCCGUCAACGCGGAAUUCGUCAUGUGCGAAUUACUACGCCUCGCUGUACAUCUCGAUUAUUCAGAUGAAAUUGGUCGGAGAAAGAUGUUUGGUGUCGUUCGAAACAUGCUCGCCCACCCCGAACUCCCAGAACCUCUAAUCGACCCUUGUAUUGGUGUACUACACAUCAUGUCACCCAACGAACGUGACUUGAUUCGCGUAGUUGUUGAAGUUAUUAGUGAGUUACGUGAUCCCGAUACAGAAGACAACUAUAACGAAUCAAUGGCACUGGAUGAUGAAACUAACGACGCAGAAUCAACAAUCGCAACAUCUCGUCCGGGUAGUUCCAUAACUCGAAGUCAAAGCCGCAAGAACGUCCACGAGAUGACACCAGAAGAGAAAGCCGAAGCGGACCUCACGGAUUUACGCUGCUUGAAUCUUUGUAUAGCUGUUCUUGGACGCAUCCAUGGUAGCUUCGAAGAGAACUCAACGCUCCGAGGCGUACUUGAAGAACUAAUCGUUCCCUCCGUCCAGCGGAAGGAGCUCGUUUUACGCGAGAAGGGUCUUACGUGUCUAGGCCUGUGUUGUCUUAUCGCAAAGAACAUGGCUCUAAGCUCCUUCCAACUCUUCCUAAGCCAACUAAAAUCUUCACCAAAAUCACUCCGACUAAAAGUCCUUCAAGUCGUCUUCGACAUCAUGAUGACGUACGAGAAAGACUUGUUUACAGGUCCUGAGUCAAUCGUGCAACGCGUCAUAACGUUCCUAAUGCAAGUCCUCGAAGCCGAAGAGUCAAAAACCGUUCAAGCGAUGAUGUGUUUAGGUCUCGCGAAGGUUAUGCUUUUUGGACUCGUUACGGACGAAAGGGUCCUGAUGAGUCUGAUAUUCGCGUAUAUAUCACCUACGAACGCGGAUAACCAGGAGCUUCUUCAAUGUCUUGCGUAUUUCUUACCGGUGUAUUGUUAUUCGUCGACGACGAACCAGAUGCGGUUGCAGUCGGUGUUCAUGAAAACCCUCGACCUGAUCUUCCAGACACACGAGGAGUUGGAGGAUGAUGACCAGGGGAUGAUCUCGCCACUUCAAGUUGGUCAGUUGUUUGUCGACUGGACGGAUCCAUCGAAGGUCGUUGGUGCGGAUGAAGAAAGUGAUGUCCAGCCCGUUCAUUUACAUCUGGCCAUCGACAUCGUCCGAGCGCUAUACGAAAACGAGCGAGCUGGUAAGCACAUAUUUGUCGUUGUUUUGUCGCUCCACUUACCUGACUCUUUCGUUACCUGUAGACGAUCAACGGAAGACAUUAUGCCAACUCCUAACGAAACUCGUCUUCCCAUCCAACGCUGA